GACGGUUGGACAGCGCUGUGUAAGGCUGGCUUUAAAGAAGCCGGAGGUGGGAGCUGUUGAAAACCCCGGAUCCUUGGAAAGCUGCGUCUCGCGGCAGGUGCCAGGCAGGGCCCGAGUGAUCAAGGCGGCUGCAACAGGAGGACCCGGCUCUGAGCGGCCGGUCGGGGGCGCCCUUGGAGGAAGGGCUUGUGCCCUGCCGGGAGCCGCAGGCGGACUAUGAAGGGCGGAGUCCCGGGGGAGGAGCUGGCUCUCAUUCCCCACUCCCUCGCUCCCCAACUUAUCCCAGGCCUCAGCCUGGGAUCCCCCAGGGACUCCCCGGAACCGCCGCUUCCCCCAUGGAUUUGCCUGGGGACUCCAGCCCUUCUACACAGCCAAGCCUGUGCCGUCAGCCUCUAGCUCGAGCAUUAUGGGAAGCCAGGAGCCCGAAAAGACCGAGGCUGCAGCCUUUGGGGAGCCCUUCAUCCCUGGAAAAGGCCUCUCGGAGGGUCCUGGCCGUGGUGCUAGAAGAUGUCAUGGCUACAAACAGGGUCCCCCUGGCACACAAAGCAGACGUCCCCAGCCUACUGAAUCACAACCAUCAGCAGGAUUCUGUCUGCACUCAGUCACUCACUUUACCAUCCCACCAGGUCAAGUGGUCUUUGGAAGCCAGGCCUCCUGACCCACUGCAUUUGUGCAGAGAACCCUUGAGUCGUAUCCGCCAGUCCUCACCCACCUCGAGGAUGAGAUCAAGGAUGGUCCCCGGCCCAGAGGAGAGCCCUUCACAAAAGACAGACCAGGUCCCCCAGCCCACCCUGGUGGUGGUACUGAAAGACAUUGCCAGUGCCAGACAACCAGUUGAGGGUUUUGCUGAAGAUCAGCCCAACCUCAUUGUCCCAGCACAAAGAGCUGAGCCUGUGACAAAAGCUGGUCAGCCAAUGCCUAUACCCAGUGACCUAGAACCCCCAUGUCAACUGUCCACUCUGCCUGCAGAUCCUCCAGAGAGCCCAGUACCGGAGCCUGCUCUGGAGACCCCACUGACCCCAACAUCGUCCAGCCUUUUACGCCCCCGUCUCAGUCCCUGGGGCUUGGCCCCUCUCUUCCGUUCCGUCCGAUCAAAGCUUGAAAGCUUUGCUGAUAUCUUCCUCACACCCAACAAAGCGCCACAGCCUCCACCCCCUCCACCUCCCAUGAAACUGGAGUUGAAGAUUGCCAUCUCGGAGGCUGAGCAGUCCAAGGCUACUGAGAAAAUGACAUCUGUCAGCCCCCGGCCCCCUAUCCGCCAGUGGCGGACUCAGUGCAAUUCCCCAGCACCUGUUCCUAAGUUAUCUCUGGGACGAAGCUAUUCCUGCCCUGAUCUAGGGCCCCCUGACCCAGGUAGCUGGCCUCCUGUUCCAGCCCAGUCAAGCCAGUCCAGGCCCCGGAGACAUACUGUGGGUUGUGGGGAGAUGGCCCGGACCCCACCACUUCCUCGGCCCUGUCUCCGGAAAGAGGUCUUCCCUCUUGGAGGAGUGGGAGUCUCACCUUCUCUUGCUACAUCUUGUUCAGCCAAUGCCUCUGCUUCCUUCUUCUGCGAGCCAGCCGAACCCAGGUAGUGCUCUUAAUAGCCCCUCUGGAAGUCUGGCCUCAGGCUGAGCCUCCUUGCUCAGUAGUCACUGACAGAAGACAGGUGUGUUGCUGUGCAUUCCUUUGUCCUGACUAUUAACCAUCUCUACAGAUUAGGCUCAACGAAGGGGAAGGAGUUAAGAGCGUCGAAAGACAAGGUGGUUUCUGAUCCAGAGAAGAAGACCCUGGGGAAGGUUUCUAGAUUCAGAAUACGGAGGACACCUGUCCGUCUACAACCAAACCUUACACCAAUGGGACUGCCUCGACCAAUCAGGUUGAAUAAGAAGGAGUUCACAUUGGAAGAAAUUUAUACCAAUAAGAAUUACCAAUCACCCACAGCCAGAAGGACCUUUGAGACCAUCUUUGAGGAACCACAGGAACGCAAUGGAACUCUGAUUUUUACCAGCUCUAGGAAGCUCCGAAGGGCAGUAGAGUUUCGGGACAGUAGCCUUCCUCGAUCCCGGCGACCAUCACGAGGGGUCCGCACUGCAGCCAGCAGAACCCUUACUCCCAACCUGGCACCCAGCCAGGAUGUGGGAUCUCUACUGCAAGAACGGCUGAAGGAGCUAGAUGCCUUGCUCCUAGAGGAGGAGAUAGACAGGGAACACCCUUGUCACCUCUAGGAGCUCCAACUGUUUGUCCAUCCGUCCUUUAGGGAGGGGAGAAAUCUCUGAAUCAAUUGUAUUUUUUUUCUCUAUAUUUCUAUAAAGUUUUCAAUAUA